UAAAUAAGUAAAAUUAUGAGAUAAAUUAUUAUGGAUUAUUAAGGAUGGAGGAGCCGAUAAAUAUAGAGGAAAAAGUGGAUAUUUUUAUUAAAAAGUCGAAAUCAUGUAUUAAAUUGAGAAAAAUUAAAGAAGCAGUGGAUAUACUGCUUGAAGCUUUUUAUAUAUCUCCUGAUAAUGAAGAGAUUAGAGUGUUAUUAAAUGAGUUAAAUAAAAAAUUUGAAGGGGUUUUAAUAUUUUCUUUUGAGAUUAUUAAGGCUAUUUUAUUAAAUAAUUCAAGAAAAUGUCAAGAUCAGGAGAUAUUUGAUUAUUUUUUGGGAAUUAAUCAAGAUUUAAGGGUUAAAAAGUUUAAUGAAAGUAAUGGAAUGUUUGAAUUGAUGGAAGGAUUUUCAAAAUCUCUCUAUAUAUUGCAUUUUUAUGUUGUUGGACGUCUUAUUUUAAUGCUUUGUUCAUUUUCAGAUCUUACGUGUGAAUCAAUGAUUAAUUAUAUAAUGAUUAAAGAGCCUGAUAUGUUAUUUUUAUCAAAAGUUCCUGAUACUAUUAUUCAAGCAAUAUUUUUAGUAUUUUUUAAAAAAAGUUUAUGGCCAUCAACAGAAAAAUGGGAAUUUUCUUUGCGGAAUUUUUUCAAUAGCAUCAGUAAGGAUUUGGAGGAGUCUAAGAAAGAGAGACAGAUGACGUUAAUGAAAGGUAUUGAUCAUAUUUUUUCAUUAGGAAUGGAUGUUUUUCGAAUUUUCAGUAACUCUUCUUCUUUACAUAAUAUAUUUACUCUAUUUGGACAUAAAAAUGAUAAAGAGAUCAAGAAAUUAUCAUCCUUAUUGAUAUUUAAAUUGAUUAAACAAAAAAAGGCUAUUUCAGAUGAAUUUUUUGAAAAUUUUAUUUUUAAUUUUAUAGUUGAAUCUUUUAAAGAUGGAAGAAAUGAAACACUAAUUGCAGCAUAUUCAAUUCUUACUUAUCUUUUUACUAUUGAUGAAUCAAUGGCUGCUAAGCUCUUUCUAAAAGAUGGAUUUUUAGAAGAAAUAUGUUCAGACAUCAAAAGCGAUGAUGAAGUAACUCUAUUUCUUUUGGAAAUGGUAUCGUCAUCUUGUAUCAAUAUUGAUUGUUGUAAAAAACUUAUGGAAAUUUUUAUAGCAGUUCUAAAUGACUUGAAAAAGCAAAAAAAUAUCAAAAUUUAUUCAUUAUCUGAAAUUAUUAUUAUAAAAUUAACAUCUCAAAUCAAUAAAAAACCAAAUAUUAACAAGGAAGAUGUGUUAAAUCUUGCGAAAAAUCUUAUUUUAAUUAUUUCUCAGGAUUAUGACACAAAUAUGUCGUUCAUUGAGGGUUUAGCUUAUGUUUCUAUGUUUUCUCAUGUAAAAGAAUAUUUAGCCUCAGAAGAAAGGUUAUUCAUAGCAAUUUCUCAAAGAGUUAAAAAAGAACCGAGUGAUAUUAGUUUUAUUUUUCCAGCUUUUGCAUCUAUUAGAAAUAUUGUAGGUUACAAAUCAGAAUUAACUGAAGAACAAAAGCAAAUAAUUAAACUUAAAACUAUAGUUCAAGGAUCUUCAGAAAAGACUGAAGACAUUUUGGAAUCUAACGAGAAAGUGACAGAACGUUGUUUUAAAAUUAUAAAUUAUCAAAUGUCAAUGACUCUUAGUUUGGCUUUAUCAUGUCAAUCAGAUUCUAUAAAAACUUUAUGUUCAAAAAUAAUACUUUCACUUUCAAUUGAAAAGAAACAUCGUAUUAUUCUUGCAAAACAAGGCUUUAUUCGAAUUCUUUAUAAUAUAAUAAAAGACUAUCAAACAAAAACGUUAUCAAAUGAUGAUUCUGAAACCAAUUAUUUAUAUCCUGCUAUAGUUUCACUUGUAAAAAUCCUUAUCACUGUUAAUCCAAAUUUAAUAUUUGAUCGGUCAAGAUUUCAAGUUGAUGAUGUUAUAAAACCCAUAUAUGAAUGUUUAAAAAUAUCAGAAAAUGAUAAUUCGAUAGUCCAGUUUGAAUGUCUUCUUGCACUUACCAAUUUGGCUUCUAUGAACAUAGAAAUUAGGGAAAAACUUGUUCCUAUUCUUUGGCCUACAAUUGAAUUAUUGUGGCUUUCAGAUAAUCAAUUGAUUCAAAGAUCAACGGUUCAAUUGAUAUGCAAUUUAGUUGCAUGUUCAUCUGGUGUAGCUAUAUUUAAAAAACAUAGACAAAGAAUUCAUAUUUUGUUGGCAUUAGCAGAUUCUCCAGAUAAUAAUACUCGCUCUGCUGCAGGAGGUGCUUUAGCUAUUUUAUCAGAUGAUUUAUCUAUUUGUAAAAUAAUAUUGGAAGAAAAAAAUGGAAUUAAAAUCAUAUUGGAUAUGAUAAAUGAAGAUGCUGAAGAUUUAAUACACCGAGGACUAGUUUGUAUAGCAAAUAUAAUAUAUUCAUUAGAUUUUAAGGACAAUGUGUUAUUUAAAAAACUAAAUAUUAUAGAAGAUUUAUAUAAAAUCAUAAAAAAAACUGAAAAUAAGGAAAUCAUUGAUUUAUCUUAUCAAAUUAUUGAAGAGUUACAAAAAAAAAUGAAAUGCACAAAUUAAUAAAAUAUCAAAAUGUUAACUAAAAUUAUGAAAUUUUAACUAAUA